GAUCAUUGUGAUGGUGGCAGCAGCAGUGAGCAAGCAGCAGAAUCGGCGUCUUUAGGAUUUCGUUUACGCACGUCUUUGAGGGCAGGAUUUUUGAACGUCUCUUCAUGCGUGGGGAUUUUACAGAUAAAUUAACGCGAUGCAAGUUCACGAAAACACUCUGGAGGCAGUGCGCUGCGAGCAGCAAAACUUUUUCUUAUAGGACAACACAAUAAAGCAGCGAGCUCGUAACAUUGGCUGUUGUGUGAUGUUCGCUCGUAACAUCCGGAUCUUCUAUGGAGUUGCAAUAGAACAGUUCUACUGGCAGUGGAAGUGAGCGCGGGGACCGACCGCUGAGCUCGGUCUAACACGCUCCGGUAUUGUCUGUUUUGCAGAUCGAAAAUAGUAUUGUUUUAAUGGCAGUGCAUGGUUGAAUUUUCCCGAAGGAAGGAUAGCAGCCACUGUUUGUUUAUAGCCAUCUGAAUCCCCAUUCCUCUUUCCACUGGAAACAUUUUAGGCACAAGAGGCUUGAAAAAAGUUCUUCCAAAAUACUGUGCACAGACUAUAUGAUGGGGGAUUUUGCAACCCCCACUGCUGCGAACGGCAGCAGUAUUUGCAUAAACAACAAUAACAUAAACAGCGGCAUCAACGCCGGUAAUAGCAGUAACAAUGUGGGCAUUCCUAAACACAGCACAGUGGUCGAGAGAUUGAGGCAGAGAAUCGAAGGCUGUCGGAGACACCAUGUAAACUGUGAAAACAGGUACCAGCAAGCCCACGCGGAACAGCUGGAGAUUGAACGCAGGGAGACGGUCAGCCUCUAUCAGCGAAGCCUGGAACACAGGGCUAAGAAAUCUGCUAAUAAUAAGCAGCAAAACAAACAACAAGACCCUGAGUCGGCAACCACGGCAGAGCAAAGAAAUAACACACUGAUAGCGCUGCAGGAGACGGUAAAGAGGAAACUAGACAGCGCUCGCUCGCCUUUGAACGGGGAACAGAAUGGGAUCUGCGACGGGACAUUUUCCCCCAAUCCGAAAAGACUACGGAAGGAGGGGCCCGGUGGUGGCCUGGAUUCGUUGGGCGGCUUGCCUAACAGCGCUCCCCCUGUUUCGCCCCUCCACCAAAUGGACAUCAAACCUCCGCUGGCUAUAGCCAACAACACUGGCAGCGGGAAUAACCAUGUCCCCGGCCGGCCCGAUGACCUGGGCAAGAAUGGGGGGCUGCCGGACAUCAAGCUCAACGGCUCGCUGGACCUGGACGACGGCUUCAGCCUGCUCAAGGACAUGAAGCAGGAGCCGCUGGACGAUGCCGCGGGCAUGGAGUCCUCGGACACGUCGCUCUCCAACCAGAACAAGCUCUUCUCCGACAUCAACCUGAACGACCAGGAGUGGCAGGAGCUUAUCGACGAGCUGGCCAACACAGUGCCCGAGGAUGACAUGCACGACCUCUUCAAUGAGGACUUCGAGGAGAAGAAGGAGGCUGAGUUCACAAGGCAAGCUCCUCAGACGCCCCUCCCCCAGGAGACCCCGCCUGCACCACCUCCCCAGAGCAGCCAGAUGCCCAUGGGCUCACCGCAGGUCCGUCCGUCCUCAUCGGGGCCGCCGUUCAUCGCCGCGGCCAACGGGACUCCGCCCCAGCAGCCGCUGCAGCAGUCCCCUGCUGUCGCCAUGGCGUCGGGCUCGCCCGCCAACUGCGUGGCCCGGUCGCCGCAGACUCCGACCCAGACCCAGACGCAGACAUCCAGACCCGGGAACGGAUUUCUAAUGAACCCAGGCCCUGGGGUGGUACCCGGGGCUGCUCCUGGGGCGGCUGGCGGGCCAGGCCAGGGAGGGAGUGGGCCGGUACCGGUGCCGCCCUCCUCCUCUGAGCUGUCCCCAGCGGAGCAGCUGAAGCAAAUGGCGGCUCAGCAGCAGCAGCGGGCCAAACUUAUCCAGCAGAAGCAUCAACAGCAGCAGCAGCAGUCGCAAGCGGCCAACUGGUCACCCGCCGGGGCACCCUCCAGCCCAUACGGAGGCCCCUUCAACCCAGACAAACCCAACAGCCCCAUGAUGUACCCGCAAGCCUUUAACGCCCAGAACCCUAUGGUGGCGGCGAUGGCCAGCAACCCUCAGAAGGCCACCAUGAACAACUACCUCCCUCAGAACCACAUGAACAUGAUCAGCCAGCAGUCCAGCAACCUGGGCCAGAACACUAUAAGCAAGCAGCAGGCCGGCAUGCUGUCCUACAGCAACACCAAGCCCCUGAGCCACUUCAGCGGCGUGGAGCACAUGGGCCAGCGGAUGACCCCGCCCAUGGCUAACCCCGGCAAGAACCCCAUGAUGCCCUACAUGCAGGCGCAGGCGGGGCAGGGCGCAGGCCAGGUGCAGGUGCCCCCGCAGGCCCAGGGACAGAUGCCAGGCGGCCAGGCGGCCCACCUGAGCGAAGAGCAGAAGCGCAUGCUGCUUAUGAAGCAGAAGCUGAACCAGAGCAUGCCUUAUAACGCCAUGCAGCCCCAUGGCCAGGAGCAGGGCGUAGUCGGCAUGUCGCGGCAGCCCGGCGGAGUGCAGCCCCCGCUGCCGGGCCCGGGGGGCGUGGCGCCGGCGCCCGGCUACCAGCAGCAGGCGGCCAUGAUGAAGCAGAUGAUGCAGAUGGAGCAGGAGAAGCGGGUGCAGCUGCACCUGAUGGAGCAGCAGCAGCUCCUGAGGGAGCAGAGGCAGCAGCAGCAGCAGCAGCAGCAGCAGCAGCUGCUGGCCGAGCAGUUACAGCAGCAGCAGCAUCUGCCCCGGCAAAUGCCCCAGCAGCAGAGGAACCCCUACCCUGUCCAGCAGGUCAACCAGUUCCAGGGCACACCGCAGGAAAUGGCGGCCAGGAACCAGGCCCUCCAGAACAUCCGCAACGCCCGGCUCCUCCAGCAGCAGCAGCAGCAGCAGCAGAACCAGGGCAUGCUCCCCAUGGCGCCGGUGCAGAACUCGGCCUCCAUGCCGGCACCGGCGGCCCAGUCCGACAUGGGCAUGGCCUACGGCAACCAGCAGGGCCAGCAGGGCAUGUACGGCCUCAACCCGGGCAUGAACCAAAUGUUGCAGCACCCAAACCAAAGCGGCAUGCCCAUGGGCCACAACCCGGGCCAGGCCCAGCGGCAGCCUGGAGCCGGGCAGGGCGUGGGCAUGGUAGCCGGGUACGGCCAGGGCAUGAUGAUGAACCCGGCCAUGUCCCAGCAGCAGAUGAAGGCGCCUAACGUGGUCCAGCCCAUGGCCAAAGCCCAGGCGCAGAGACUGCAGAGCAUGAUGGGCGGCGGCGGCCACCAGGGGGCGCCGGGCUGGGCCCAGCAGCAGCAGCAGCAGCAACAGCAACAGCAGCAGCAGAGCCUGCAGGCCAUGAGUGGCCGGACUAGCGGGGAAAUGGUGGCCUUCAACAAUGGCGGCCCGGCCUACGGCAUGCAGCCCGGCCAGCCGCGCAUGACCAAACAGCAUUUUCCCCAGGGCAUGGGCCAGACCAUGGUGGACCCCAGGGCCAUGAACCCUGCCAUGGGCGGACAGAUGGUGCCCCACAUGUCGGGCCAGCCAAGGACCAACCAGCCACGGCCCAUGGUCAUGCCCGGCAUGAACCAGGGUGUGCCCAACAUGACUCCUUUCAACCAGGGCCCGGGCCAGCCAAUGGCGGCCUCUGGGGGCUCAUACGUACAGGGCGGGCAGCCACAGGGCUACCAGCGGACGUCUAGUCAGGACCUGACGUACAGUUACGGCAGCCAGCCCACGGGCGCCGGCUCCUUUAACUUGCCGGAUGGGGCAGACUUGGACUCUACCGACGGGUGGAUGGACGAAUUCUUCCCCAGCCAAUAGCAAACACAGAAGGGGAAACGUUAUAAGGACCGUGAGUGACUGAACGCAGAAAGAGGAAUUACAGAAAAAAAAGAUAACGGACAAUGUUUUUUUGGUUUUGUAAAACGUUAACGAGCUGAAAAAAACAACCUGUUUUGUGUCUCUCGUGUGUGCUGUCACGGUAAAUUUAAAGAGCACCUCCUCUUUCUGAACGAGGUCAGGGCGGGCAUCACUCCUGGAGGGGCUUUCUCUUUCUUUUUAAAAUGGCCGACUUCUAUUUCCUAAAGUUUUGAGUCAAACAUCAGCCAUUUUAGCUGUCUGGGUCAUUCUUGGAUGAAGUGGGGCAAGUGGGUGGGGGCCUUAGAGGCAUGGGGGAGGCAGGGCACGUUUUAAACAUUAGGGAAAGAAUUUAUUUUUCAGUAUUUCGGGUUGUUGAAUUGUUCUGGCCAUUGUGCUGUCCCUUUCAAUGUGCGUGUCAGGGCGGUCAGAAUAAAAAGGAACACGCAGAAUGUUCACGAUCAUUAUCUAUGAUCUUCAAAUUGGGAUUAUCACCAGGUUUUAACCCCAUUUGCUGUGCUGUGACUCAUAGCCAAGAACGGAAGGAACAGUGGAAGGCAAUCCUUGUGACUAAAAAUCUUUUCUUUCUUUUUUCCCCUCCUCUCCAGAGGCUCACAUUUCAUCUGCAUUUGUCUGGUGUUUAUACUGUGAAAAACAACAGCAAAACAAUCGCAUUUCUUUGUGUGGUACCGGCGCACGCGCGGUCGGGGCGGGCGGUUGCUAGGCAACCUGCGCGAGGCAUCGACUUGGCUGAAUCUCUACAUCAUACUGUGAGGGACCUGGCAGCUACCCAUAGCUCACAGGGUGCUGCAGUGGAAAAAAAAACAAAACAAGUCUAAUGGCAGCUAAGGGAGUAACAUUACAAAGCUUUAUCUGUCAAAGGUAAGGGGAGAACAGGCUAGGAACUGAAUGUAUCAGCCACCACAAGUGACUUCUUAAGAAUGCAAACCAAUACAGUCAUCUUGAAAACACCCAGUCUGUUUGAAAUGUGAGCAUUCGAAUAUUCUUCACUGUUUAGAUAUUUUUUUUGGUAUAAAUGAGGUCACCACUGUUCCAUUUUCCAGCUAACAAGGAGAGGUUUAACCUUUUUUUCUAGAGUGACGCAUUUCUGUGGAAUACAUCUUUUUUAUAUCACUUUUUGAAACCGUAUAUUCCACAGCUGUGCCUGUGCUCUUUUGUGAAGUGCAGACAUCUGCUGUUGCUUGAAUCGGGAGAAACCGCUGCUGGUCGAGAAAUUCAGAUGGGCGCAUUGUGAGCUGGCUAGCACGUGGGACGGGCUCCUGGAAAACAUGUUCGCGAGCGGGCGACUCGGCGUUCACCGCUGUGUUUGGGGAAAAGUGAACCGCCAGAAAAGCCUGUUCUUGCUAGGCAGCGGCAGUCCGCACCGGCCACCACUCCCCCCAUUGUUCGAACACUGAGUUUAACGGGCGUUUAGUGCAACUGGAAAAUAUAGGAGACGGGCAGGUGGUAAUCAGGCGAGGUGGCCUCAGAGUUCUUCCAGAGCGAGAGUGGAGCCGUCGUCUCGACCCCCA